AUGGCUCAAUAUUCCAUGUACAAAUCACACCAAGGUGGAAACGUUCUUGCAUACAAUGGUCAUGAAGUACCUUUACAAAAGCUUUGGAAUCGUACAAACGAUGCACUAGCCUGUGCUCCAAAAACAACAAAUGCUUCCGAAGGCUAUCAUCAUGCACUGAAUGCAAUGUUUUCUUGUCAUCAUCCUGGAGUCUGGAAAUUGUUUCAAGGGAUCAAGAAUGACAUUGGAGUCCAAAGAUUAGUUGCUGUUCAAGCAAGGAAUGGAAUUGAGGCAACCAGGAACAAGUAUAAAGCCCUUGCUGAAAAAUUAUCUGCCAAAGUCCAAGGAUAUGGAACAGAGCCAGAUAAACUAAGAUAUCUGAGACAAAUUGCCCAUCUUCAAGUAAGCUAA